CGGAUACCUUACAAGUAAUUAAACCAUUUUGGUAUUUUAAACGAAUUUGGCUGAAUCUUCUUCACAGUUCAACACCACCGCACCACCUCUCAACACCACCACACCGCCUCACUUCUGUGCGCCUCCCUCCUUGCACCAUCAUACCGCCUCACUUUUGUGCGUCUCCUCCCUCUCAACAUCACCGUCUCACUUCUGUUCAUCUUCCUCUCAAUGAAGUUCUUGAAUAGUGAAUAAAAGGGCUAAAUUCAAUAGAUAGCAUUUGGCCAAUAAAAUCUGCAGCAGUGGAAAAAGACACAGACCGAAAUGCAAUGUGCUUCCAUUUUAUAUCCUCAUACACAAAAAAUAUGGUGUUCUAAGCCAAGUCUUUCGGUCACUCCACCGCCCCAACAGCAACAGCUACAGCAACGAGAAGAAGGAACCUCUCACGACGACAAAGCCAAGCUCAUAACCAGUGCUUCUAACCCAUUUGUCAAGCACUGCCUCAAGCUUCGCAAUUCCUCUUCCUAUCGCCGCGCUCACGCUUCUGCUCUCGUUGUCGGUGCUACCCCUAUCAGAGAAAUCCGCAGGUUUCAAGAGUCAUUACAAGAUGAAAGUGUUUCAAUGGAUUGUUUAAUUCUUCCUGACAAAGCUGAGAUACCUGAUGGGUUGGAUCAAUCCACUGCUUCUAUUGUGCGUGUGAGCUCCACAGUGAUGAGAAAGCUUUCAGGGCUGCAAACUACUGACUCUCUAGAUGCAAUUGCGCUUAUGAAAAUUCCUGCCAGUUUUUUCAAUGUUGAUGAUGAUCAAAAGAACUAUCAGAAAUUGUUUCCAUCUGUUCAUCGGAUACUAGUCCUUGAUGGGAUUCAGGAUCCUGGCAACCUUGGUACAUUGCUCAGAUCAGCUGUGGCCUUCAGAUGGGAUGGAGUUUUCCUUCUUCCCGGCUGCUGUGAUCCAUUCAAUGAGAAAGCUCUUCGGGCUAGCCGAGGUGCCUCCUUUCAGAUCCCUGUUGUUUCUGGUAGCUGGAAUCAUCUGGAGUCUCUCAAAGAAGAAUUUCAAAUGAAGUUGCUGGCUGGGCAUCCAGAGCUUGAAGAGUUGGUCAAGCCAGUGUGCUCUCUCUCUCCAACCUUGUGUGAUUCCUUAUCAGAUACACCAUUGUGUUUGGUUUUAGGAAGUGAAGGAAGUGGUCUUUCAGAAAAAUCCCUGCAGGCUUGUGAACUUGUGAGCAUUGCUAUGGCCGGAGACUACGAGUCGCUUAAUGUUUCGGUUGCUGGUGGAAUUUUCUUGUACAUGCUACAACCGAAGAAUCAAUGAAUUUGUAUUUGUAUGGUAUGUUUUAAGUUUAUCAUAAGCUUCAUCAUCCUCCUUUAGGGGGCUCCCAA